AUGGAAGAGGUUGACUUCUGGAAGGCCAAAGCUGGUAAGUGGUCAAAUCAUCAAAACGAAAUGGAGAUUCAUGGCACUUCUUCUGCCCUAGUGGCUAAAGCCAUUGAUCUGCAAGAGACUUUGGCUAGGAAAAACUUUGGAGGAGUGAUACUUACCCCUACACAUUUAGCUAUUGUGAUGGAAUAUGCUUCUGGAGGAGAGCUAUUUGAGCGAAUAUGCAAUGCAGGACGGUUCAGCGAGGAUGAGGCACGGUUUUUCUUUCAACAACUUAUAUCAGGGGUUAGCUACUGUCAUGCAAUGCAAGUAUGUCAUCGUGACUUGAAGUUGGAGAACACGUUGUUGGAUGGUAGUCCGGCUCCUCAUUUGAAGAUUUGUGAUUUUGGGUAUUCAAAGUCAUCAGUGCUACAUUCACAACCAAAAUCUACCGUCGGUACACCUGCAUAUAUCGCUCCUGAAGUUUUGCUUAAGAAGGAAUAUGAUGGCAAGAUUGCAGAUGUAUGGUCUUGUGGUGUUACCUUAUAUGUCAUGUUAGUGGGCGCAUAUCCUUUCGAGGAUCCGGAGGAGCCUAAAAAUUUCCGGAAGACUAUUCAUAGGAUUUUGAAAGUCCAAUACUCAAUUCCUGAUUAUGUUCAAAUAUCUCCCGAGUGCCAUCAUUUGAUCUCAAGGAUCUUCGUUGCAGACCCUGCACAGAGAAUAAGUAUGUCUGAGAUUCGAAACCACGUGUGGUUUUUGAAGAACCUUCCGGCCGAUCUUAUAGUUGGAAAUACAAUGAACGACCAGUUUCAAGAGCCUGAACAACCGAUGCAGACCGUUGAAGAAAUCAUGCAGAUAAUUAGUGAAGCUACUAUUCCUGCAGCUGGAACUCAUCAGUCUCUCAACCAGUAUCUUACCGGUAGUUUGGACAUCGAUGAUGAAAUGGACGAGGAUGUGGAAACUGAUCCCGACCUUGAUAUCGAUAGCAGUGGUGAGAUAGUUUAUGCAAUGUAA